GUCUUGAUAGCGCAAGGCCUGUAAGAAUGCACCAUAUACUGUAGGAAUUGAUAUUACGUUGUUGUUUCGUGUGGAAGUAGCAGUUGGAGGGCUGUUGUCACAUUUGUAAGCAGUUUAACAAUAAUGUUUGCUAACGUUGUGAUGCAACUAAGCAUUUUCCCAUCUCCCGGCGGAAGUGGUCAGUGGAAGCGCUACUGGACUCCAACUGGUAGCGGGCUAGGGCGUUGCUAGCGGCAGAAAGUGGGAUUUUUUUCGCUACCUUUCCUCAAGUUAUACUCUUCUACUAGCCGCGUCUUCCAUCGGAAAACAGCGCCUUUUGCGUUUGCCAAAAGUUUUAGGGCCUCUCCGAGGCUUUCGGUCGUUGUUUACAGAGGAGCGGCGGACAGUUUGUGUCCCGUUAGCUGGCCGCAUAGCUAACCUGCUUUCCAUCCACGGGAAUUCUGCCGAGAAACGACCGAAUUCUGGAAACAUGGAGUCAAGCAACGUAGCGCUGUGCUAACCGACUCCGCUGGAUUUUCUCUCUGCUCCCGGAGACUUUUCAACACGGAGACAUACCGCAAGUUAGUCUGGACUCGAGAGGGUGUUGUUACAUAUAAUUUUCCGUCGCGGCUCGGCUCAUUGUUGUGAACGGGAGUUUGCUUAGUUUGCACUCGAAACAAGAGCACACACGAAGCAAAGUUUUUUUUCUUCUUCUUCUUUUUUGCUGAAAGGGCUCAUCUGUUUUGUUUGCUGGUAGCAGGCGAGAUUUAACCCCACCAGUUUACCGUGAGAAAGGAUUUCCGAAAAAACCCAACUGUAUUUCUUCUUUUAGAUACAUAAAUAUGAUCAUCUUAAGCCGCUUUGUUUUUUAAUCUCAACAUUUAGCCGCAGUUGUUUUGCUAACUUGUAACACGGCUCGUUGAUACUCGCUACUGAGCGAUUCUCAUGAUCACGGGAGAGUCGUUCCCGCAGCCACAGGCAGGCAUUUCUGGGAACAGAGAAUACCAAAUGGGACUGCAGGAAUUUCCAGCAUCUUUAAAGAUCAUUUAGGCACCGAGGCCACUCGUAGCUGAUCGAGGGGUGGUGGCAGACGGACUGCAUCGCUGGGCCAAGGUGUCUGGUGCUGCAUUUGGAUUGUUUACACGUUUCCUACCGGCGGAAGCUGGGGAUGUGAAUGCAAAAAAAAAAAAAAAAAAAAAAAAAAGAGUCUCGCAAGGAGUUUAUGCACGGCAACUUGUGCCAGCUGGAGCUGUUUUUAUAUUUAUUGUCGCUGGCAAAAAGCUCUACACUGUAAGGUCCUUGCUGCUGUUUCAUUUCGACAAGGAUUACCUGCAAACAGGAUCAACCAGGAGUUGAUUCUAAGCACCGCUCAUAAAAAAAAAAAAAAAAAAUCCUUCCCUACUCAAAGACGAAUGCCAGAGAAAGAAGCUCCUGGAAGUCUGGUCACCAAGCUCUGGAAAAUGCUAAUGGGAUAUAAUUUACUGCAAAUCUAGAACCGGAAGCCCAAUGAGUGACCCACAGUUCAGUUCCACUGACAGGUUUACCAAGAAAGCGACAAGAACCAGCAGCAUUCUGAGUAAGGACCAUCCCCCAGACAAGAAACCCAAAAGUGACAAAGCCUCACUUUCCUCCAAUGAGUUUGACCCUACAGAAGCUCUGGUGGUGGAGAAGAGUGGCAACAACAGUGUGCUUGCAGAGGGGAAGCCUGAGUCCUGUGGUCUGGUCCAGCGAUGUGUGAUCAUUCAGAAAGAUGAAAAUGGCUUUGGGCUUACCGUCAGCGGUGACAACCCUGUGUUUGUGCAGCUGGUCAAAGAAGAUGGGGCUGCAAUGCGGGCAGGUGUUCAGACGGGAGACAGGAUCAUCAAGGUUAACGGGACCCUUGUCACACAUUCUAACCACACAGAAGUAGUGAAACUUAUCAAAUCGGGCUCCUACGUGGCGCUCACGGUUUUGGGGCGCCCCCCAGGCCUAGCCCAGAUCCCGUUGCCUGAAGCAGAGCCUGACAUCUUGGGUGUUAGCUUAUCCUCUCCAAACUCUCCAGCAACAGAGCGCCCCUACAGUCCUCAGGACCGCCUCUCCCCUUUCCAACCAUCAUGGGAAGAAAACGGCAGUGCGUGCAAACAGAGGACUGACGUCUUGCAAAAGAAGCUCUCCAAAGAGCAGCAGGAUCUACAGGCGAUGAAAGAGGAGUACAGCAGGAACCCCUCCCCCAAACUACUGAAGGACAUCCAGGAAGCUAAAAAACACAUUCCUCAGCUGCAGGGUCAGCUCUUAAAAUCCACUGAAACAACACAGGAGGCUGUUUCAGGUGGCGAUGCAGACGACAGUAGCACGUACGAGACGGACCGCGCGCACACCCCUAAAGCAGACAGUAGCACAGAUCUGUCCUGGAGCAGCACUCCCAUAUUUAGACCAGCGACUCCAGAAAGCCAUUGUCCAAAAGAGCUCUCCUACCCCAGCCCAAAGAGCACACCCCGAAACAGCUUCAACUCCUGCCACUCCCCGGAGACGGAGGACACCACUGACCUGGACUCUCUGUCACCCCCCGCACUCAGCAGUCCCUCCUCUUCUCGCGUUAUCUCGCAAAUUAUCGGAGCUGAAGACGACUAUUUCGGUCGAGACCAAGAGCAGACAAACGGCCAGUGCGACAGCUUUAACAGUAUUGAGCAGCUCAAGUCUCGCCCGGCUCACCUCGCAGCCUUCCUGCAUUAUGUCAUCUCUCAGUUCGAACCUGCUCCUGUGUUGUGCUACCUCUAUACCGAGCUCUACAAGCAGACCAACUCCAAAGAGACCCGACGGGUUUUCAUGGACCUCCACACUUUUUUUAUGGACCGGGGAGCAAAUUUAAAGGUUCCUGUUCCUGAAUCUGUUUCCUCUGAUCUUGAUCGGUGGCGGGGGGAGGUACACACAGCAGAAAUAAAUAGGCAACAUGUCCAAACGCUGCAGGACUCUCUGCUAGCGGACGUUGAGAAACACCUCGAGGACUUUCGGCAGAAGCGCAAUAUGGGUCUAACGGUGGCUGAAGCUGAGCUGGCCAGACUGGACCAAGAGAGAGUCCGAGAUCGCGUCACGCUCGAGCGAGAACGUUCCUACGCUGAAAACAUCAUAUCUAAAAUAGAUGACGUUCUUUUAACUACUCAGACCACAGAGGAAGACAAAUGCUCUACAAUACAGUUUGUUAUCUACACGUACAUGAAGCACCUCGGUGUGAGGGUCAAGGAGCCUCGAAAUCUGGAGUCCAAACGGGGUCUGAACCGCCUUUUCCCUAAGAUGAAGCAGAAAAGUAUUAAAACAGAUAAAGAAGUCGAUGACAGAUUAAAAAAGAAAUUUUUAAAUCUUGUACCUCAGCGUCGACCCAGCCGCAUCGAAGCAGCAGGCAAAAACCCGGAAAAUCGCCCCAGGCCUCAGAAACAGCUGUCUCAGCCAACGCUAGGAGCGGUUGAGCUAAUGGAUAGCAGCCGUCUGCGGGGCAGCCAGUCCAGCGAGGGCCCCGAACUCACUCAUUCCUUGUCCGUCUCAUCUCCCAGUAACACCACUUACAGUGUGGAAGCAAACCGAGACGCUGAUAUUGUUUCAGGUGGGACUCCAACAUCAGCCCCCUCCAGGCUGAGUGACGGCCUUCAGCCUGAUCCUCUGGAUGGAUUAGCCUUCCCUGAUUCAACUGAGCUUUAUCCCAUGGAGAAGUUACAAGAAGACGACAGAGAAAGCGACAGGGCUCACGACGGGACACCAAAGGCGGUCAGAAGACUUGAGGCAUUGGGUAUCGGAGAUGUCCAGAGCGAGGACGAUCAGGGGACAGACUCUGAGCUCCACAACUGGCAGCAGCUGGUGGGACGAGAGGUCCUCGCGGGACUCAGGCCUCAAGAGAUUAAGAGACAAGAAGUUAUAAACGAGCUGUUUUAUACGGAGCGUGCGCAUGUGGGGAUGCUGAAGGUUUUGGACGACGUUUUCUACCAGAGGCUUUCCAAAGACGCAAUCCUUCCUCCUGCCGACAUCAAGAACAUCUUCACCAACCUGGAAGAGGUCCUACAGCUGCAUGUUUCAAUACUUGAGCAAAUGACAGCCAUACGGAAGAGAAAUGAUUUGUUGGUAAUAGAUCUGAGGGGGGACGACUUGCUCUCGUGGUUCAGUGGUGCCGAGGAGGAGAAGAUCAAGCAGGCAGUGGGAACCUUUUGCAGCAACCAGCCGUUUGCGCUGGAGAUCAUCAAGACCAAGCAGAAGAAAGACUCAAGGUUCACCUCAUUCAUUCAGGAGGCGGAGAGUAACAGACAGUGUCGACGACUGCAGCUAAAGGACAUAAUUCCUGUUGAGAUGCUGCGGCUCACCAAGUACCCCCUGCUGUUAGACAACAUUGUCAGAUACACAGACGAUCCAGUGGAGAAGCACAAAGUUAAGCAGGCAGCAGACUGCUGUAGAAAGAUCCUUAGUCACGUCAACCAGGCUUUAAAAGAGUCUGAGGACAAACAGAAAUUAGAGGACUACCAGAGAAGAUUGGACCUCUCCUCUCUAAAGCAGACAGACAACCCAGUGAUCCUCGAGCUAAAGAACUUGGAUUUGACCAAGAAGACACUGAUUCACGAGGGCCCUCUAUCAUGGAAAAUGAACAAGGACAAGACUAUUGAGCUGUACACGCUCCUCCUGGAGGACAUUCUUGUUCUGCUGCAGAAACAAGACGAGCGUCUGAUCCUAAAAUGUCACAGCAAAAUCCUGGCAGGCACCCCAGAUACAAAACAUACCUUCAGCCCCAUCAUUAAACUCAACACUGUUCUGGUGCGCUCUGUGGCUACAGACAACAAGUCCUUCUUCGUUCUCUCCAUGUCUGACAACGUUGCACAGAUCUACGAGCUCAUGGCGCCCACAGUCUCAGAUCAGAAAACGUGGCAGACUCUGAUCUCCCAAAGAGCCGACACGAUGAAGGUCAAACCUCACAGCAUCAUACCGUUACCUCAGACUGAUGGGGAGAGAGACGGCGUGGAGAUCAUUACAGCAGGCGUUUCCAGACUGAGCAGAGAACGAGACCGCACGUCCACUGGCAGCACGCAGUCCACAGACAAAGAGAGCGGCCCGGCCUCCAGAAGUACACUGCAAGGUUCUCUACCUGCUAGCAACCCAUUUGAGGAAGGAAAGGCAGACGUGGAGGAAGAGGAAGGUUUUCUGGACCCAGAGCUUUCGUGCGAAGUGUCUGAAGUUGACAGAGAAGGAGACUCGUUCGAUGUGUUCCCCUCAAGGGCAGACGAAGCACUAAAAACAUUGGCCGCAUUAAAGCAAGUCCUGGUGAACCAGCUGAUGUCCCAGGAGGCGGCACAACAAACCAAACGUUCCACGGGAGUCCGUCUCCUGAGAACCACCUCUUUGCGGACGCCGACGGACAACCGCGCAAAGGUGAUGGUUCACAACGGCUCCGAGAAGAGCAGCUCUAAGACAGAGGACCUGGCUCAGGACCUGGGGUCAGGGGACACUGGAUUCUUUGAUUCUCCUGAAGACUAUGGAUGUUUAGUCCUGGACGGUUACGGAGGGCAAGGGGAGAGCAGCACAGACGGCGACAUCCUGGCGUCAGCCGAAGGGAAACAGCUGAGGACCUCACAAGGCUGCGCGGCCGACUCCGGCAUCAAUUUGAGGUUUUCUUCAACGUCACAGUUCGGCAGCCUCUCCACUUUCAGUAGACAGGUGUUGUCUCACCUUAGACAUCUUCAGACCAGCCUCGGCUAUUUAAAGGAGGUUGAGACCAAGUACAAUAAUCUAAUACGCCAAAGGACAGACAGGCCAUCGACGGACACAGAUGGAAACAAAGAUAAAAGAUAGUGUGGAUGUCAGCGCCGCGGCUAUUGACUUUGGUACCACGGAAGAAGUACCGACUCGCCGUCUGUUCUUUCUUCUCGAGUCCUGGACUUUCUGGACGUCGUAUAAGCUUGUCCUUUGACUGCUGAGCUCUUCGUUUUGUUGUGUUUUUUUUUUUGUUUGUUCCCCCCCCCCC